CGCACCGGCUGCACUGUUGCAUGCACGUCGAGUGGUUAAUUAUUUUACCGCAUUCAACUGCAGUUCCCCCUCCACGCACACACACACACACACUCACAGACACACACACACGCACGCUCGCAGAGGAAAAAGGGAAACGAGCUCGACACCUGUGCUGUGUGGAAUACUUUCCCUGUCGCCAAAAUGCGCGUAAACAGGAAUAUCGUGUCGGAAGACUGUGGAAAUGCGCCGUGCUGUCUACUUUGAAGACGUUUCCAUCUGCGGACGGAGGUAAACGCAGAACGGAGUGGAUGUAACAACCAUGCACGGACUAAAACCGAAAGGUCUCCUGAAAUGAAUCGAAUCUAAACCCCUCGGAAUCAUUUCCAACACUUUACGCUGACAACCUUUUUUUCCCUCGCGAGCGAGCAUUCCCUCAUCCGAUGGGGUUUUGCCUGUGUAGCUCAGCAGAGGGUGUUAGAUCUACCAGCGAGCACCGAGCCGAAAAGUGCAGAGUCUCACAGCGACCGUCUUCGUGACCGGAAAGCGUUCAACGCGAGCCCGUGGAAGGGAAACUGAGGAUGUAAGAUGCACGGAUUUAUCUGAUGCACGGAUUUAUCUGACGGCGACGCGUUGCGAUCAGCGUCGGUGCGGUGUGUGGUUUCAGCACCACGGGAGAAAGAACAGCUCCCGCGCGCUCCGCGGACAUGUGAAAUGCACAAGGUCAGUUUUCAUUUCUAUCGCGCAACGACGAAUCAUUGAGUUGAGGAUGUUUUGAGACUGUUUCGCGGAUAGCACGAGAUGGGGACGCGAUGAAAAAGAGGUCGAUUUUUCUCAGUCUCCGUCUGGGCAUAGUACGGAUGUGAUCACAGAGUGCCCUCUGCUUCUUUAGACUCGAGACAGAUCUCGCUUCUUCCCCUGUCGCCGAUCGUAUUCAUGUCUUGAUGUCGGGGGGGAUUUUGGCGUAUUGAAAAUGCUGCUUUGGAUUGUGUUGCUGAAGGCGGCUCUUUGUGUAGCUAUUGGAAAUGUUACAAGGGACGUGUGUAAGGAGCAGCUCUGCUCUUGCAAUGCAGUCGAAGGCGAUUUGCACAUUGACUGCGAGAAAAAAAGCCUAACCAAUCUGCACCAUUUGACGGGUCCGAGCUCUCAGUUUUAUCACCUACUGCUUCAUGGGAAUUCGCUGUCCAGGCUGUUCCCGAACGAGUUCGCUAACUUUUACAAUGCCGUGAGCUUGCAUUUGGAGAACAACGGCUUGCACGACAUCGUGCCGGGCGCUUUCCUGGGACUGCAGCUAGUCAAACGGCUGCACAUCAAUAACAAUAAGAUACGCUCUUUUAAAAAGAGUACGUUCCUCGGUCUAGACGACCUGGAGUACCUUCAAGCCGACUUCAACCUGCUGAGGGACAUCGACCCGUCGGUGUUCAGGGACCUGAGUAAGCUCGAAGUUUUAAUCUUAAACGACAACCUCAUUAGCGCGCUUCCCAUUAACGUGUUUCAAAACGUCCCCAUAACGCAUCUCGACCUGAGGGGGAACCGAAUCAAAACGUUGCCGUACGAGGGCAUUCUAGAGCAGAUACCUGGGAUUGUGGAGGUUCUGCUGGAGGACAACCCGUGGGAUUGUAACUGCGACCUGGUUUCCCUGAAGGAAUGGCUGGAGAACAUCCCGCAGAACGCGCUCAUCGGAAGGGUCAUUUGCGAGGCACCCACUCGACUGCAGGGGAACGACUUAAACGAAACAGCCGAGACGGAGCUGUGCCCUUCAAAGAACGGCAUGGAUACAAGUUUGGCUGCGCCGCCCACCCAGGACGAGGGCCCCGGUCGCGGCCCCCGUCCCACGCCCUUUAAAACCACCGGCGGGGUAACGGAGGCCCACAGCACUGGGGGAGGCCGUAACAAGGGGCGUCCGAAAGCGAGGGAGAAUUGGCAACUAAAAACCAAGCCCACAGCGAUGACAACAGGGGCAGUGGACAGAGACCUGCCAUCCAAUUCGACCUGUCCUCAGUCGUGUAGUUGUAAACUAAUCGGAACCAGGCAAGGUCUCGGGGUUAACUGCGAGGGCAAAAAAAUCGAGAGCGUGGCUAAUCUCAGACCCAAACCGCUGGGCGCGCACGAGUUAAAUCUGCGCGACAACAACAUUCAUAGCGUUAAAAGGAACCAGCUUAGAGGCUAUCACAGCUUGAAUCUGCUCGACCUGGGGGGGAAUAACAUCAAAGUGAUCGACAACGGCACUUUUCACAAUCUGACCGAGCUGAGGUGGCUUUACAUGGACAAAAACUACUUGGAUAUGCUAAUGGCAGAGAUGUUCGUUGGACUUCAAAACCUGGAAUAUCUCAGUUUGGAAUAUAACGACAUACAGCUCGUCAUGCCGGGCACCUUUAGCCCCAUGCCCAGUUUAAGGGUGCUCUUCUUAAAUAACAACUUGCUCAAAUCUCUCCCCGUGGAUGCCUUCUUGGGGGUUUCUUUGUCGAAAAUAAGCUUGCACAACAAUUAUUUCACACAUCUGCCGCUGCAGGGCGUCUUAGAUCAGCUCAACUCAAUUAUCCAGAUCGAUUUGCACGGGAACCCGUGGGAAUGCUCGUGCAAAAUCGUCCCCUUCAAACAAUGGACAGACAAGCUCGGAGCAGAUGUCAUCGUGAGCGACCUGAAAUGCGAAUCCCCCGAGAGCUUCUGGAAACGGGAUUUCCGACGCAUCAGAAACGAUUUGAUGUGCCCUGAGCUCAACGAAAAAAUCUCCCCCACCUCCCUCUCCAAAAACAGCACUUUCCCAGCAGACACGGGCACGCGCCCCAACUCCUAUCUGGAGCCUAGCAGAGUGUCCAUAUCUGUGCUCGUGCCCGGUCUACUAUUGGUUUUCGUGACGUCUGCCUUCACCGUGGUCGGAAUGCUCGUCUUUAUUCUGCGCAAUCGCAAGAGAUCGAAACGGAGAGAUGGAAACUCUUCUGCGUCAGAGAUCAAUUCUUUACAGACAGUUUGCGACUCGUCCUAUUGGCACAGUGGAGCUUAUCACGCGGACGGUCCCCAAAGAGGUUACGACUGUGGUUCGCACCCCCUCUCCGACAAAUGAUGCUCACCGUGCGCAAAAACACAGACGGACCCAUAAAUAAAUGCUUUGCGUGCGUGGCAGUGACAAUGGAAAGCCAACUAUAAACAUUCAGCCUCUGUGGGAAAAUAUCCUAUUUUUUCUUCGCUUCUGUUGAGUGCAGCGUCCAUGAAACACUGCGGUGGGGCCCACAGUUAUAUAUAUAUAUAUAAAUAUAUAUGUACAGAGCCCCCUCUCCCCCUGUAUUUUUCCUACCUGUUCAGACUGCAAACGUGAUGACAAGAGGACGUGAAAAGGUGCACGAGCGCAUGAAUGUAAUGUAAAUAAGGGACUGUAAUAUAUCUGCAUGAUUCGCAUGGUCUCAACACACACUGGGAACCAUUACCAUAGUAUCAAGGAAGCCGACGCGACCCUUCUUUCGUGUUAUCAAUAUAUAUAAAUAUAAAACUAUAUAUGACUAUAUUAAAAGUGCCAUUUCUUCUUUUGUUAUUUUUUUGGUCGGUUAGAUUUGUAUUUGCCGUUUUACUUCUCGGAGGCAGACAGGCGCGCGCAGGUGCAGAUGCAUGUAAUUUUCUGUUUUAUCAGUUGAUUUGGGGAUUAUUUAUACCUUUUUUUCCCGAGCAGAUCUCUCCCGCUAUCUGCCCAGUCAUCUCCUUUAUGAAUGUAAAAUGUGUUUAUCUUACAGUGUGCCAACUGUUGACAUCUUUGGUAUACGCACAAGCGAUCUGAGGCACAGACGUGCUUAUGCUGAGAAAACUCAUUGCAGCUCCAGUGGUUCAUCAGCUUGUGUGUCGAGGAGAUUUUGAAUGGCAUGUUUUCCCGAACGUUCAAUUGAGAGGAUUUAGUUUGAGUCCCGAUGAGUCGCAGGGUGCACAUAAACUAAGAUGCCUUUAUUUUAAUUUAUUAUGAUCGUUGUUUUUAAGGGAAAUGAAGUAUUCCUUCACAAAAGCAGCCUAUUAUUAUUCACUGUAAGUAUUGUGAGCUUUUGUAAAGCCAUCUAUUUUGUCCAAAUAUGAGAAGGGAACUGGAAAGCUUUGGUACUUGAUACGGUGUACAUAUGUGAGAAAACAUUGCCUCUAGAUGUCGCUGUUGCCUCUCGAGCCUCUGAAAAUCAUGCUGGGAGGUGAAGUUCACCAAUUUGUGUAGGCCAAGCAAGACCUGCUUAGACAUGAUCAACAUAAGUAGGCCUAAGCGAGUCACUGUGAUGGCUUGGAUAGAGUUUGCAGUCGGUACAAAUGUACUGGAAACAAGUUGCACAGCGUUUCCAAAAUGCCAUUUUUACAAACAAGAUGUAUGUCUCGGUGCAGUGCAUUAUUUUAAAUGUCACUCUUGAUAUUCUCUGAGGUUCCUCUGUAAUGAUUUCACGAGCAAACAACGCGAACAGAAAACACGCUCAAAUAAUGGACCAAGCGGCCACGCUCAUGAAGAAACCUUUGUCUGUUUUUACAUUGUUUUAAGAUCAAAGAUGUUGGCUGAUGCUUUCAAUUGAGUUUACUGAAUAACACAACAGCGAGCUUGUGAAAUGUCCAUCCAAUAUCCAAAUGCCGUUUCCUGUGGAAAGUGUGGAAAACAUGUGCGGUGGAAAUGCUUUUCUCUCUCACCUGUCGGUUUGAUUUAGGUUGCACGAAACAAUGUCGGUAGAACCUCAAUUUGACGACGUCCCGAUGGAGUUGCUGUCAUGUGGCAAUGGUUUACUCUAAUGUAGACUCAGGGCCGUCGGAGAGAUGUGUGUUGUGACUCAUGCUGCACAUAUAUACGCAAAGAAAAGGAAAAAUGCAUCAGUGCCCCCCCUCCCCCCACCAAAAUUGAAGGGUGACCUUGGGGUCUGUUAUUUCUGUUAUACCGGUUAUGGCUGUCCAUCAUUUCCAAGCAUUUCUCUCUCUUUCUCUUUCUUUCUCGCCCUGCGUUGAAUGGUGAUUAUUUGUCACUCCACUGUGAAAGACUGUACCACAUUCUGGCUUCUAUCUACUUUAUUUGGUGCAUUUCCCCGACGGUUUGUCUCAGAGUAACAUUUCUAUGCUUUGCUACAUUUGAUCUGCUUCUAUUUUGUUAAAUAAAAUGUGGUGGAGGUUGAGUAAAGCUACAGCGGGUAGAUUCUGUUUUGUUUGUCAUCAUCAUCCUCUGUUCAAUGCUUUGAUGUUGAAUGUUGAAACUCUUGGGGUUAUACGUCUUGAACGUCAUUACAGGAUAAACACCAGCGGAACGACACAAGCUUACAGAUGUAAGGAGAUUUAUGGUGUUAUUGAAUUAAUUCAAUGCUGAGGUCACAGAUACAGCACCAGAUGAAUUCUGGAUAGGUUUCAGAUGUGGUCGGGUCAUUCCUGUUAUGCAGAACAUCGGACUAACACCAGACUGUCAUUAUACAAAACUGCCCAAUAAUGUUCGUAUCCUGCUUAUGAAGAUAAAGUAUAGUUUUACUAUGGUAAAAUUGUGAUUUAGGGUGAAUUAACAUUGUCAUUGGUGAUACUUUUUGUCUCACCAUUGUUUUGAAUUUUGCAACUUCUCAUUUUGUUUCAUAUCCCUUUAAAUCACUUCGUUGUUUUCCUGACUCUUAGAAGUCGCUUUAGAUAAAAAUAAACCAUGGUAAUGGUAACACUUGUGUAAUGUGUAACUAAGAAGGAGUUACGGCAGAACUAAGAGGUAUUCCUCAUCAAUACUGAUAUCUGCUCUAUUAACUACUAAGGAAGAUGUGUUAACUAAUCAGUAUGGAGAAGCAUUUUAUCAUUUUGUUAAGUGACAAAUAACUAAUCAAUAGCUUUCGAAUUCACUCAUUCCUCCUUAAGAACUUCUGUUAGUUAUCUACUAAUUCAGAUUCUACAUAAAUAACUGUGAAGUAACUCAUAUACACUAUUGAACAUCACAAUAAUCAAGCAGUGGACAUUUCUUCUUAUUUACUAUUACUAGUACUACUAUUAUGGAAAUGCACUACUAUUGCCACUAUUACUACUGCUAGUAUAGUAAUGCAAUAUGAAUUUCAUGGAAUUCUUGUACUCCAAAAGAGUCAUUAUAACAAAUUGUAUUUUGUUUUCAAUAACCAGAAAUCAACUCCCCCACUCCAAUUGCCUUGUCAUGAUUAGCCACUUACAUUAAAUAGGUUUAUGAUCUUCAAGUACAAUAUGUGUGUUCUCCACAGUAUACAUCACAUUACCAUUGAGUAUACAUGUGAAUAGUAAAUAACAAGAAUAGUAGUACUAGUAAUAGUAAUAGACCCAAAAGUGUUUGGACUCUGUUGCACUCUAAAAAUAAUGCGUUAUAUCUACCCAUCAUGGGGUCAAAAAUAGACAAACCUAACAGUUGAGUAAUAAAUGAACUUAAAUAAUCAUUAAAAUUUUAGCUUCAACAGAAUAUGCUGAGUUUUUACCCAAUGUUGGGUCAAAUAUAAACAUUUCCCAGUUAAUUUAACCCAAGGGUUAGGUUUGUUCGUUUUUUAAAUGUACACUGUGAAACGUUUUGUUUAAAUUCAUGAUCUUAUGCAUUUUUAGUACUGUAUGCUUUUAUAACCAUUUUCUUUAUGCGUCAAAAUAAAUUAUCUUCUAAGCUUAAAAAUAAUAAUACUGACCUUAAGACCUUAUAAAAUAUACCAAUGUUAUCCCAGUAGUACUAAGAGUUUUAUCAAAUUUUUUUUUUUUGAUCAGGUUAUUUCAGGCAGUGCUUAAAAUGGAGCUGCAGGUUCAAUCACGCUGAAAAAAAGAUUUGACGAGUGUGCUGGAUUACAAACAUAUCAAACCAACAUACAUUUAGCUUUUCUGUAGCUCAUUGGUAAGAGCAUUACGUUAACAACGCAAUGUAUAGGGGGUUCGAUUCCAGGGGAUUGCAAAUACCUAUGUAAAAUGUAUAGGAUAAAGCAAUGUAAGUCGCUUUGGAUAAAAGCCUCUGCGAAAUGCCUAAAUGUAAUGUAAAUGAUUUAUGAUUUAAAAUAAGGAACUUUGAUCUAAAGACACGGUUUACUCUCGGACAGACAGAUGGUGAAUGAGACCGUGACAAACUCAUGAGCAUUACGGGUCUACGCUCCUCCAAGGUGUGUUUGUUCCCUUUGCACUCUGAUUAAAGGCCUCAUUGAUUGAUUUUUGCUAUUUUUUCCCCUAACAAUUUUUUCCCCAGGACUAAUGGGAUUCAAAGGACUUGGGUUUGGUCCUUGAUGACCAAUGAAUCAAUGAAUUGUUCAGCAAGGACAAACUGAUUGUUUCUUUCGAGCUAUGCUCAUGAAGAUCUGAAGUGCAGGUAUUGUGUUGAAUGAGUUGGUGCUGUAUACUGUAUACAUGCUUUCAUUGUGUAUUCUGAUAUUUUAUUUUCAGAUGUGUUAUUUGUGGUAGAGCAUUGCUUACAUAUGUUGAGUGACCUAAACAACUUGAGCUUCUCUUAAGGACGGUCCUGCCUCUGGAAGUUUCACCCAGCAUUCUGUUUGCAAUGAAUGUCAGAAUCAUUAACGCCUGCUGGUUUGUGAGGUUUCUGGCGGAUUUCCCCACUCCAGUCCACCGCUGCGAGCUGUUUUCCACAAAAGGAGCCAACCUCAUUUCACAGGACUCAAGUGAAGGCCUUAGAUGGCUUUUUGAGAGCCAUCAAGUUCAAGAUGAGAAUAAGGAAUAGCUCUGUGCUGAAGUGCUGGUGCGCGGGUUAUGAAGAUCAUAGGAGUGCAGACCAUUAUGCCUAGGGUCUUUUAUGAGGUUUGCUGUGGAGGCAGGUGCUUCUGAUGCUGGUGGCUUUUAUAUUGGCCAUCAGCGGUCACAGCUCUUGGGACCUGCAAAGUUAAACAUUUGAAUGGAUUUUGUAAAGCUGUUUUCCAAUAAUGAACAUUCAACGGAGCUGAAAAAUUAUGGUGAAAACAGUAAAUAUGUAAAUGUUGUGUAUAGAUUUUUUUUUUUUAAAGAAUUUGGUCAUCAGUGCAUGCUCAUGCAAAACUCAUCACAAUAAUGCUAGGACUGGUUUCCAUGAGGUAAGUAUAUGGUUGCUAGGUAGUUAUACUGUCAAAAGACAAAAAAUGCGUCUGAAAUCUCAUUCUGUGACAGUACAUACUUAAUUUGAAUAAGUACCUACCCAUUGACCCUUAAAAAAGUAAGUUUUACACUUAUUUAAAUUAAUUUAACUCAUCUCACAUUUGAAAAACGGACAUCUGCCUAAAAGUUUUCCGCUAUUUUUAUUUCAUGAACUUUUACAUUUGACCAUUGAUCAGUUCCCGUGGCAUCAUGGGAUAGGCUAUUCUCAUGAAACCACUGAAACUUCAUGGCAGUAAAGAUAAUUGUGUUCUCUACGUUAUAGAAGAAACAUAAUUUUGACAUAGGAAUGAAUUAUUUAUGUAUUUUCACCGCAUUUUCUGCUAAAAUAUUCAUAACCGUAACGUGUCCUGAUUUGUCUGAGUGCAUUAUAUGUUGUA